CGGAGGAUCGCACUGCAGUCGAGUGUCGGCGACGACCCGCGCUCGCCACCACGCGCUCCGGUCCCGUACCAAGGAUACCUUACGUAACAACAACUGAUCGGAUCGAGACCGCUCGCCCGAUAAUCGAUUGUGUACUCAACACUCGAUCAUUAAUAUCGCAAUUAAUGAUAAUAAUAUUUUUUCCGAUCAAUCUGUGAACUUGAUACAGUUUUGUGUACUUGGUGUAAUGUUUUUGUUUUGUUUUCGCACGGACUCGUAAGAUUAUUUUUGGGCGUAGCUGACUGUGUAUCGCUUUUAUAAAUUCGUAACGUUCAUGUUUGUAUUGGGACGUUGUGUGUGUGCAUCGAACGACAAUUUUGACGACUUUAUGAGUUUUUUGUGACAUACAUUCUGACUUGAAAGUGGUUAUGUGGACAUGUACUGAAAAUUAUUAGUGUACUUCAACUGCAGUCUGCAAAUAAACGUAGAACAGGGGCGCAACACAAUAAGAAACAUCGAAAACUGAACAAAGAAUAAAAAAAUCUUUCAUGACACGCGAUCACUGAAUAAAGAACAAUCGAUUACACUGACUGGUAACGGUCGAUUGGAGCGCACUGGCAGCUAAGAAAACAAUUAGUUUUGAAUUUCGAAUACUAAAAUGUUGGGUGGUGAAUUCGAAUGUGGAACGCGCGGUGCGCAGGUGAUCGUGUCAUGAGGCGGGUGUAGGAGCGUGAGCGCGCGCGUCCGGAUGCACCCGACGGGCGCGGCUAGUCUGCCCGCCGCACCUGAGGCGGAGGUGCAAGCUAUGCACUCGAUGGACUGGCUCUUCAAGAAAGAAAGGAUAUAUCUACUUGCGCAGUUCUGGCAACAGAGAGCCACAUUGGCUGAAAAAGAAGUGACCACACUCAAAGAACAAUUGGCGACAACCAGCCCAACGCCUCUCCAAGCGAUAGUGCCACCAAAAACCAAUGGCUCACACUUAGAACCCACCAGGGACCAAGCUACAGAAACGAGGAUAGACAUAUUUAGUCAAGAUAUAAAAGAAGAGAAGAGAAGAUCACCAGAGAUUGAUGAGGAAGUAGAACAUAAGAUGGAAAUGGCGGCGACAGGGAGGAGCAACAGCGAUUCAUCGAGAAGCAGUCCUGUUGUCCACCAGGGGAACAACUACGACAAUGAACUGGUCGCUAAAGAGAAAGAGAUUGCUCAACUGGUGGAGGAAGUGAGAAGGUUGCAGGCGUCCAUUGCAGCGCUGAAAGAAGCUCACGCACAGAAACUGCAGCGGCUUGAAGAGCGGCUGGACGAGAAGAAGCAGCACAUAGCCAGGUUGGAGGCGAGGCUGGACAACCAGAGGGACUACGAUGACAUUAAGAGGGAAAUCAGCAUGCUCAGGUCUCUGGACUUGGGGCCGAGCGAGCGGUCAUUAGAGCGGAAGCCAGAGCCGCUGCGCUCGCCCCCUGCACCUCCACACGAGCGCAGCUCAGCUGAGCGCGAGCGGAGCACCGAGCGCCGAGACACAGGUGCUGAAGAGUGGCCCAGCACGCCGCCCCCCCUCAACAACAACACCACGCAUCAUAACAACAACGGGCCCACGCCACUUCCGCUGCCGCCGCCGAGCCCGUUCCGCUUCGAGGAGCACCGCCCUUACAGAUUCGCGGAGGACAUGGGCCCGCUCCCGCCCGGAGCGCUAGUCGGACGCCUGGGCGACUCCCUGAUACCGAAAGGCGACCCGAUGGAAGCGAGACUUCAGGAGAUGCUCCGAUAUAACAUGGACAAAUAUGCGAACACCAACUUGGACACGCUACACAUCAGCCGACGGGUCCGGGAGUUGCUAUCGGUCCAUAACAUUGGACAGAGACUGUUCGCCAAGUAUGUGCUCGGGCUGUCGCAAGGGACCGUGUCGGAGCUGCUCUCGAAGCCGAAGCCCUGGGAUAAGCUGACGGAGAAAGGUCGCGACUCGUACAGGAAAAUGCACGCGUGGGCGUGCGACGAGGCCGCCGUGAUGCUACUCAAGUCGCUUAUUCCUAAAAAAGUGGGCACAAAAGACGGUACAAUCGGCCCUGGCUUCGGACGGCCGGAAGGCGAUGGUGAUGACCGUCUCAUGCACAUGCUCAACGAGGCAUCAUACUCCACCAAGACACCUGGACAGCAGAACAACGACGAUUCCAGAAGUAAUGAGGACUCCAGCUCCCCUCGGACGCAGUGCCCUUCGCCAUUCUCUAAUAAGGAUUCGAGUCAAAACAAAAGACUGAAAAAAUACGAGAACGAUGACAUUCCUCAGGAGAAGGUGGCGCGGAUCUACCAGGAGGAGCUGGCCAAGAUCAUGACCAGGCGAGUGGAGGACGUCCGCCACAGUCGCGAGGGGUUCCCAGGCAUGUUUCCCCCUUUUUUCAGCGGCGGCAUGCCACCGCACAUAGAGCGGCCGCCCGAGGACAUCCGCAUGGCAUUAGAAGCCUACCACAGAGAGCUGGCCAAAAUCCAGCCCGGUGCCAACAUUCCCAACCUCCACAACUUGCCAACGAUGCCUCCGUUCCCUAACCUCCUCGCCCUGCAGCAGCAGGUCAUGCAGCAAGCUCAAAAUCACCACAUGAACGGCUCUGGUGCAGUACAGGACCUCUCUCUACCUAAGGACAAAAAUGCCAAAAUUAAUGGAAUGACUGAUAGUGAUAAGGAUAGGCCAUUAGAUGCUGAAGAGGCUAUAAGACAUGCGGGAAGUGCAUUCUCAUUAGUCAGGCCGAAGUUGGAGCCUGGACAACAAUCCACAGGGUCAUCUGCGUCCAGCCCGCUCGGAAACGCCAUACUUCCGCCUGCGAUUACCCCCAACGAGGACUUCAGUAGCUCAGCUGCAGCGAGCCCUCUGCAACGGAUGGCAUCCAUCACAAAUAGUCUUAUUUCACAGCCAACGAAUCCUACUCAUCACGCACCGCCACAGCGCUCCAUGAAAGCAGUUCUUCCACCAAUCACUCAGCAACAAUUCGAUCUCUUUAAUAAUUUAAACACAGAAGACAUUGUAAGGAGAGUGAAGGAAGCUCUUAGUCAAUACUCCAUCAGCCAAAGACUGUUCGGCGAAUCGGUGUUAGGUCUAUCUCAAGGGUCGGUCAGUGAUCUGUUGGCGAGGCCAAAGCCGUGGCAUAUGCUCACACAGAAGGGCCGGGAACCGUUCAUUCGCAUGAAGAUGUUCUUGGAAGAUGACAAUGCUGUCCAUAAAUUAGUCGCGUCACAAUACAAAAUUGCGCCAGAGAAGCUCAUGAGGACUGGCAACUAUAGCGGAGCACCUCCAUGUCCGCCCAACAUGAACAAGCCGAUGCCUCCUACGCAAAAGAUGCUCUCCGAUGCGACCUCUUUACUUAGCAAAAUGCAACAAGAACAGCUCCUGGGGCCUGGGGCUCAUCUGGGCCAUUUGGGCCAGCCGACUCCUCUACUCCUAACGCCCCCUGGUUUCCCUCCACACCACGCUGUAACGAUACCGCCGCAGCACCACGACAACAACAACAAGGAGAGAAAACCACCACCUCCACCUCAGCCGCACCACCAACCACCAAUCAUGCGCAAUCUUCCUCAGCACAUAUCUCCCAGUGUAUACGAAAUGGCAGCUCUAACGCAAGAUUUAGAUACGCAAACGAUAACUACAAAAAUCAAGGAGGCAUUGCUUGCAAAUAACAUCGGACAGAAGAUUUUCGGCGAAGCUGUACUAGGUUUAUCACAAGGGUCGGUCAGUGAACUGCUGUCCAAGCCGAAACCUUGGCACAUGCUCAGUAUUAAAGGUCGGGAGCCUUUCAUCAGAAUGCAACUAUGGCUCAGCGACGCCCAUAAUAUAGAUCGUUUACAAGCCUUGAAGAAUGAGAGAAGAGAAGCUAAUAAACGACGACGGUCGAGCGGUCCUGGACAGGAUAACUCCUCCGACACGUCCUCUAACGACACAUCCGAAUUUUACCACUCCAGUUCGCCGGGACCAACAUCAGGCGUGCCUUCAGCGAAGAAACAACGCGUUCUAUUUUCAGAGGAACAGAAGGAAGCCCUAAGAUUAGCUUUCGCUCUAGAUCCUUACCCGAACAUGCCCACGAUAGAAUUCUUAGCUGCAGAACUCGGUUUAUCCACAAGAACAAUAACGAAUUGGUUCCAUAACCAUCGCAUGCGGCUGAAGCAGCAAGCUCCCCACGGACUGCCCGCGGAGCCUCCAGCUCGCGACCAAUCUUCUGCGCCAUUCGAGCCAGUACAAUUCAGACUAUUGCUCAAUCAGCGACUGCUCGAACUCCAGAAAGAGAGGAUGGGUCUCGCCGGAGUACCUUUGCCGUAUCCGCCAUAUUUCGCGGCGAAUACUAAUCUCGCAGCUCUGAUCAGUCGGGGCCUCGUCCCGCCCGACGACCAAGUGAAGGACCAAAGCGGAGGCCUCGACCUAUCGAUGCCGCUGAAACGGGAACCGGACGGCGACGACUUCGAGGACGACGACGUCGAGAGCAACCUCGGCUCGGACGACUCGCUCGACGACGGGGAAUCUAAGACUGAACCGAAGGCGACGUCCACGCCGGCCGCCCGCUCGAGCCGGCGGAAACCGGCCGCGCCGCAGUGGGUGAACCCCGACUGGCAGGACGAGAAGCCGCGGAACCCCGACGAGGUGAUCAUCAACGGCGUGUGCGUGAUGAGGAGCGACGACUUCAGAAGGGAGACCGAGGAGACCGUGCGGGUGGAGCCGGCGCCCGUCGCGCGGGACUCGUCGCCGGCGGCCUCCCCGCCCCCGCGCACCCCGCACACCCCGCACACGCCCCACACGCCGCACACCCCGCACACCCCACACACCCCACACACGCCGCACACCCCACGGCCGCCCCACACCCCGCCCGAAGACGUCCACCCGGAGGACAAAAUCAAAACAGAAAAUGACGACGACAGGUGGGAAUAUUAGACUUUAAUGUGAUUUGGACGUUGUAGUGUGUUCGAGACGGGUCGUAGCGGGUGCACCAUAUCACGUGGAACGUUAUUUAUUAUUAGUUAGGUCUGCGAGCCCAUCGAAUGGGCCGGCGUGUCGACUGUACCCCGUGUAGAGAAUGUUCAGUGCAAAUACUAAAGUGUAGUUAUAUGUGUUUUGUUAUAUUUCGAUUGUAAGGCCAAAGACUUUGUACAUAGACCUUAUUGUUCUCGUAAUAUGCCAGGCAUACGUCCUUACGUAGGACGAGAAAACCUUACGAUACAAAAAUAUGCAUUUUGCUUUAAUUUUUUUUUUUAUUAUUCUAAGCGUAGUGGACGUACCACGUGGUCGGGUACAAAUGUCUAAGUAUUGUUAAGUUACGGCUUACUUUAUAAAUUAGAUUAUUGUAAAUAAACAUACCAAAUACGUGAGUGAUGUCGCGAGGCAGGCGCUGUAUACAAAUAGGUUAGAGCGCGGCUAGCCGUAAGACGUCGCCCAUAACUUAUAUAUAGUGAUGUUCAUUUAAUUGUUAAUGAAAUUUUAAAGUGCAAUCUGAUGUAAAUUUUAGGUAUGAUACUGAGCCCAGUUGAAAAGUAUUAUUAUGUUUAUAUGAACCGUAGAGGUUUUAAAUAUUAUUAUAAUUGGAUUAUAUAAGUUGUACAAUUAAAUUAUUAAUGUUUAUUUUAUACUACUGUAUGUUUUUUAUGUGUAUAUUAUAGUGUCGCUCAUUAGAGACCGCUCAAUGCUCGCCACCAUCAAACAUUACGUACUCCGUUAAAUUAAAAAUAUUUUUAUCUCAUUUUAUUUCUUUUUUUAUAUAUUUCUAUAGAACGUACAAAUUUAGAAGCAAAUGCGAGACGUCUACGAUUAAGCAAAUAUUGUAUUGCUUAGUUAUAAUUUUAUUUUAUUUUAGCAAUAAAUUUGCUUUUAAUCUAUUUUCAGUUUUUUUCUUUUUAUCAUUUCUUAUCGUUUCACCUUUAUAAUUCCCAGUUUUUAGUGGUAUUAAGUGACAAUGUAUAUUAAAAGGAACCGUACUCCUUGCAUCACCGUGUAUAUAGUUACAUUCAGUUGUUAGUGUAUAUAAUAAUGAAAUUGCCACAUCUAGCAAUUAAUAUAGUUAAGUAGUUAAAUAGGCCCAAAAUUCGAAUUCUUACAAGGGUAAAACAUUAUUCAGAAUUAUCGUCAUUCUAAAUUGUAUCAGAAACAAUGUAAACGAAAUUAAACUAUCGUAAAUAGGUUUAGGCGUAACUUUUUCAAGAGGCACUAAAAACGGUCAGUCUGUAUGUUUGGAAUCUAGAACACGACGAACCUCUUUCUAUAUCCAAUUUUAGAAAUACCAACUUCAUACAUAUCGAUGUUAUAUAUAAACCAAUAAGUUAGGUAAAAUAUAGAAUGUAAUAGUCAAUAUUAUUAUAAAAAAAACAUUAGGCUGUUAACAGUUAUCGAGUUUCAUGUACGAACCCUUGAAAAUGAUAACUGAACGGUUUAUUGAUCGUUGAAUAAACCUAUUAAGUUCU